AAAUACCAGAAUGGCUAUAAAAGUUUGAUGGGUAGGCUGCACUAGAAAGGAAAGGAAAGGAAAGGAAAGGAAAGGGUGAGAUGGCUUCUACAACAACUACAGACAGUAAGCCUCAUGCCGUUUGCAUCCCAUACCCAUUACAGGGCCAUGUAAAGCCAAUGCUGAAACUAGCACAGCUUCUCCACUCUCUUGGCUUUUACAUAACCUUCGUGAACACUGACUUCAUCCACGACCGCCUUCUCAAAGCUGCUUCUAUCACUUGUUUCGCUGACUUCAGAUUUGAAUCCUUCCCUGAUGGCCUCCCGCCAUGCAGUGAUGACUCUUCACAGGAUGGCUAUCUGCUCUCCGAGGCCUGCCAUAGCAACUUCUUGGAUCCGCUGCGAAGCCUCGUCGCGAGGCUCGGCAGCCGCCAUGGAGACAUCAGCUGCCCGCCGGUGACUUGUAUCAUAGCUGACGGCAUGAUGCCCUUCACCAUCACAAUUGCCGAGCAAAUUGGGGUCCCUGGCAUGCUCCUUUGGCCGACUAGUGUCUGCGCUUUCAUGGCCUUGAAGUACCACCACCUUCUCAAAGAAAAGGAACUUGUUCCAGUCCCGGAGGGACAGUUAGAUUCCAUUGUGGAGUGGAUACCAGGACUGAAAGAUGUGCGGGUGAGGGAUCUUCCACUAGUUCAUGCACCAAACGGUCUGAGCCCCAUGAGAGAGGCAGCCCAAGCCUUCAAAGCUUCAGGCAUCAUUUUCAAUAGCUUCAACACUCUAGAGCAAGAUCUCCUGGAUGCAAUCUCCUCUAUGUACCCUUCUGUUUAUGCAAUCGGCCCUCUCCAAAUGCUCCUCAACUCCACCUCCAGUGGUGGAGAACACCCAGAAUCUGUCAUUGGUUCCAGCAGCAUCUGGAAAGAAGAGGCCCAGUGCCUGCAAUGGCUCCACUCCAAGGAACCCAAUUCAGUUGUCUACAUCAGCUUUGGCAGCCGAGUGACAAUGACACAACAGCAGCUGCUGGAGUUUGCUUGGGGCAUUUGCAACAGUAACUACCCUUUCUUGUGGGUAAUCAGGCCUGACCUUGUCAAGGGCAGGUCUGCAAGGCUGCCUCCUGAACUGCUGGAGACAAUUGAAGGGAGGGGGUUCAUAGUUUCUUGGUGUCCACAGGAGCAAGUUCUCGACCACCCCUCGGUCCGGGUUUUCAUCACGCAUUGCGGCUGGAACUCCACGGUUGAGAGCAUAUCUGCCGGCAUGCCGAUGAUUUGCUGGCCAUGUCAUUGUGACCAACCAAUAAACUGUAGGUAUAGUUGCAGAAAGUGGGGGAUUGGGAUGGAAAUGGGUAAUGGCAUUGAGAGAGAUGCAGUGGAGAAGCUUGUAAGGGAGGUAAUGGAGAGGGGAGAAAAGUUGAAGCAAAGGGCUGUGGAGUGGAAGAAACUGGCAGAAGAGGCCACAAGUGGUAACAGUGGAUCCUCAUCCAUGAAUUUGAAGAAACUGGUUGAGGCAUUGUUGGGCUGAUCAAUAUGCUUCCAUCCCUCUUAACAAGUGGGGCUUAUCAUUUAUGCCACAACUUGACGGCAUUUCGUUAUUGGGUGGGUGUCAAUUUUGUUACCAUGUGAUUGCAUGAGAUGUGUUUUGAGAACUGUAUUCAUCUUCCUAUAAGAGUUUUUGACUCCUCGUGACCAAGCAGAAUGAAUAAACAAAUAUCACACAAAACAAGGCUCUUGUUUGGAGAAUCAAUGGAAGGU